GGCUUUCCUUUGGGCUAGACCCCAGAAAUGCCAAUGAUCCAGCUUCAGUGAUGCAAAUGAAGACCUCAGGGAACAACAGAGCAAUGAGAGAAGGAACCUAGGUCCCUGAAUGACUCUGGAGCAGAGAUGCCCCGGACAUCUUACCAAGCCCCUUACCUCGAAUGGUAGAAGGUAUUCAUAGAAAUAGCUGUGGAAUGGCAGAAAAACCAUUAGGAAGAAGUUGAACUGCCUUAACUUCAAGUCUGAGGCUUUCAUUAGCUGGGUGGUCUCCAAAAACCGGACUGACCUCUUUGGCCUUCACCAUCCUCACCCAUGAUGAACUCUUGCAAGCUGGAUGCCCUCUGUGGAUGAAAGAUGUAUCAUGGAAUGAACCCGAGCAAUGGAGAUGGAUUUCUAGAGCAGCAGCAGCAGCAGCAACCUCAGUCCCCCCAGAGACUCUUGGCUGUGAUCCUGUGGUUUCAGCUGGCGCUGUGCUUCGGCCCUGCACAGCUCACGGGCGGACCGGGGUGGCCUCAAGAAACUUACAAUCAUGGCAGAAGGGAAAGCAAACGCGUCCUUCUUCACAUGGCGGCAGCAAGGAGAAGUGCAGAGAGAGAAGAAAGUCCCUUAUAAAACCAUCAGACCUCAUGAGAACUCAUUCACUAUCACAAGAACAGCAUGGAGGGUUCGAUGACCUUCAAGUGUGUGCUGACCCCGGCAUUCCCGAGAAUGGCUUCAGGACCCCCAGCGGAGGGGUUUUCUUUGAAGGCUCUGUAGCCCGAUUUCACUGCCAAGACGGAUUCAAGCUGAAGGGCGCUACAAAGAGACUGUGUUUGAAGCAUUUUAAUGGAACCCUAGGCUGGAUCCCAAGUGAUAAUUCCAUCUGUGUGCAAGAAGAUUGCCGUAUCCCUCAAAUCGAAGAUGCUGAGAUUCAUAACAAGACAUAUAGACAUGGAGAGAAGCUAAUCAUCACUUGUCAUGAAGGAUUCAAGAUCCGGUACCCCGACCUACACAAUAUGGUUUCAUUAUGUCGCGAUGAUGGAACGUGGAAUAAUCUGCCCAUCUGUCAAGGCUGCCUGAGACCUCUAGCCUCUUCUAAUGGCUAUGUAAACAUCUCUGAGUUCCAGACCUCCUUCCCUGUGGGGACUGUGAUCUCCUAUCGCUGCUUUCCCGGAUUUAAACUUGAUGGGUCUGCGUAUCUUGAGUGCUUACAAAACCUUAUCUGGUCGUCCAGCCCACCCCGGUGCCUUGCUCUGGAAGUCUGUCCACUACCUCCAAUGGUGAGUCACGGAGAUUUCGUCUGCCACCCGCGGCCUUGUGAGCGCUACAACCACGGAACUGUGGUGGAGUUUUACUGCGAUCCUGGCUACAGCCUCACCAGCGACUACAAGUAUAUCACCUGCCAGUAUGGAGAGUGGUUUCCUUCUUAUCAAGUCUACUGCAUCAAAUCAGAGCAAACAUGGCCCAGCACCCAUGAGACCCUCCUGACCACGUGGAAGAUUGUGGCAUUCACGGCAACCAGUGUGCUGCUGGUGCUGCUGCUCGUCAUCCUGGCCAGGAUGUUCCAGACCAAGUUCAAGGCCCACUUUCCCCCCAGGGGGCCUCCCCGGAGUUCCAGCAGUGACCCUGACUUUGUGGUGGUAGACGGCGUGCCCGUCAUGCUCCCGUCCUAUGACGAGGCUGUGAGUGGCGGCUUGAGUGCCUUAGGCCCCGGGUACAUGGCCUCUGUGGGCCAGGGCUGCCCCUUACCCGUGGAUGACCAGAGCCCCCCAGCAUACCCCGGCUCAGGGGACACGGACACAGGCCCAGGGGAGUCAGAAACCUGUGACAGCGUCUCAGGCUCUUCUGAGCUGCUCCAAAGUCUGUAUUCACCUCCCAGGUGCCAAGAGAGCACCCACCCUGCUUCGGACAACCCUGACACAAUUGCCAGCACGGCAGAGGAGGUGGCAUCCACCAGCCCAGGCAUCGACAUUGCAGAUGAGAUUCCUCUAAUGGAAGAAGAUCCCUAAUAUGGGUCAAGAUCCAGAUGACUCUCCUGCUCCUUUGGGGAAAGGACCUUGUAUCUUGGAGUGAGGUCACAGAAGGAUAGAGCCUGGGGGCAAAAUGUCUAACUUGUCUACAUGGGGACCGCAGUUCACAUUAUGCAUCUCAGGCUCCACAGUGAGGCUGACAAACUGCAAUGGCAGUGCUUUUAAAUGAGAUUUGAGGAUUCGCCAAGACCCAUGGGGAACCGGGGCAGCAGGGAAGCCCUCACGUGGUCUUGGAUGGAGGUGUUAAAUGUGUAUCGUGCUGUGGAACAUGGGACAAUUCCACGCACAUCCCACCGAAUCAUCACGCAUCCCAUUGACUGGCAAGUACUCCCCGCCCCCUCUGAAAGCAUGUCACAUCAUGUAAAUUUGCUCCUAACAUCUGCUUCAAAUUGUCUCUGGACUCCAAAUUUGGAUGGGUCAGCCUCUGCAGAAAGUUUGUGUUGAGAUGCUGGAAGAACAGCAGAGCCUCCUGCACCCUCAGCAAGGGACCAGCUCCCAAAGGAAAGGUCCUUGUGUGACAUUUGGAGAAUCUUCCUUCAUCCAGACAACUCUACUCGAAGCAAGACUAAAGCAGGAUGUGGCAGUUGCAGUGAGAAAGGAAAGGAAAGAUGGGCAGACUCUGCUUUCUGGAAAUUUCUUCACAAAGUAGAGCUCAUGAACUCUGUGCUGUCUUCUGGUAACAUAUCAUCAGUGUUUGUAUUCAUGGUGUGGCACAUGGAUCCAUGGCAUUGGGUAAAUCUGGUGGUUUUUACACAUGGUCAGAAUGUGUUCAAAUACAUCUCAUGAUGGAGACAGUAACCAAGGUAAUGUUUUGUUUCAGCAUUUUAAAAAGACUCCACUUAACAUUUAUCUCAGAAUCAUGAGCCUGUCUCUAGUUGACAAUUGUCAUUGUUCCCCCAGCCCCAAAUUGAACCAUACAUUUAUUUUCCAAAACAGAAAUUGUUUCUGUAAACAUAUCCAGCCUUCAAAAAAAGUGUGAGGUUGGAUUUUUCCCCCUUUUAUUUGUCCUAAGAUUCCACGAGGCUGGCCUCCCAGCCCAGAUAGCUCAGCCACCUCACCUGCCUAUCAUUCCUGCAUUCCUACUUUGAGGGUCUCAUCGUGCCCACUGGGUGUUGUUCCUAAGAAACUGAUUGAUUAAAAAAUUUCCCAAAGUGUCCUGAAGUGUCUCUUCAAAUACAUGUUGAUCUGUGGAGUUGAUUCCUUUCCUUCUCUUGGUUUCAGACAAAUGUAAACAAAACUCUGAUCCUUAAAAUUGCUAUGCUGAUAGAGUGGUGAGGGCUGGAAGCUUGAUCAAGUCCUGUUUCUUCUUGACACAGACUGAUUAAAAAUUAAAAGAAAAUGACA